AUGUUAAGACUUAUAAACGCUGUAACUGAUAUUUCAUACUACGGCAAAGGGAGCAACCCUUCCGUCGCCCCAACUUACCCCGCACGCGACGACAUCUCGCGCACCCAAUCACCGCGCUCCGAUCAAGCGUGGGAGUGCGUCGGUCGCAAGACGCAUGCCGCGGGAGCAAAAGCCAGGCGCCCGGCCGAUGGAGUUUGUCCGCAGCCUAGAAGAUAUGCAGCUAACAAGAUAAUGAAAAAGAUAGAAAUCCCUCAGUUGCAUUUCACAGAUAUGACUUCAGAGAAAAAUGCUCAAAUUGGACAAGCCCGGGAAGCAUUCCAAAUGUUAUAUCAAAUAUCGCAGCUUCUUUGCACAGGACUCGACCAAGAAACUCUAACCAUAUGUAUCAGGUUAUGCGAACUUGGUGUUGACCCAGAAGUCUUAGCACGCGUUAUCAAGGAAAUUAGGAAAAUGGGAGAGAACGCCACUCAAAACAAGCCACUCAGUACGCAACCAUAA